UUUCAGAUUACAUGUCCGAAGAAGAGGAAUCACGCGUGUUAAUAAACUGAUCCCCUCCUCACAUCUUCAUUUUUUAUAUUUUCUUCGCAUCAUAACAAAACCAGACCAACCGCUAUAUUCGCGCACGCCAUCCAUUUAUUGUAUUCGCACCCACAUUUACAAAUCGGUGUCUCUCUCUCACUCAUACAAAUGCAUUAUUGCUAGGGGUGUUUGUUUAUUUCUAUAUUCUACUCCCCCCCCCCCCCCCCAAUUUUUCAAUCCACAAGUUUCGGUAGAAACGAUUGCCAUAUUCAACUUAAUUCAACACCACGGAUCCACUUCUACAACAAAUUGGUCUACAAAAGCUUUCAAUACAGUUUAUGAAUGCAUUUGAUCCUGCUCAUUUCGUCGACAUGGAGUUCAAGCUCUUCGACAUGGUUGACCAUCCGGACGCCCAGGAGGAAAUGAUGAACUUCAACUUAAUCAAAAACGGAAACGAGGCGAGCUCCCUUCGCAAUGAGCUUCUUGCUCUCAUGGUGCUCUUGUGCCUUCUGAUUCUUGGCGUUGUCAUCUACUUUGUCUUCCGUUCAAUGGUUUAUAUUAAAAAAGAGAAAGCCCAAGAACGUUUGCCGAUCAACAACUUUGCACCAAUCAAUCUUCCAUGAGAACUUCCACAACAACUGUUCAAGUACAAAUGUAUCUAUCCCGAUUUCCUGUCCCAAUGUAUUUUCUCUUUUCCCGAUUGUAGUAUAAACUCUCUACAGGUUUUUUGACAGCACAAUUCCAUCACCAUAUCUGUCAACUUUUUGGCGGAUCUCAUCACUACCAGUUUUAAGGAAAUCUUUACUUUUUUCCCACUUCUCUCUGUUUUCUCUUUUUUUUCUCCCACCAAAACACAAGUUUCUCCAAAUUUGCUGCAAAAUUCAAUGAAGUAGCAUGUUGAUUUUGUUAAUGUAAUGUAGUUUUACAAAA